UACCGCCCCUGAGAUAAUUAUUCUAGCAUUUUCAGGGGCUUAUAAAGACGCCCUUUCAGCAACGGACCGAUCAGACAAACCAAGACGAGAGAUUAAUCGUUCCAAACUCAGAGAGCCAUGCAUCCUCAUUUUCCUAACGAUCACGGCGAUGGGCCGUUUCAUAGGCACAAGUCGAUUCAUAGGCUUCUUGGUGGAGGGAAAGUCGCGGACAUUCUGCUCUGGAAGGACAGGAACUUAUCUGCAGGUGUCCUUGUCGGGGCCACGCUGAUAUGGUACCUGUUUGAAGUGGUUGAAUACAACAUAAUCCCGCUCCUUUGCCAGAUAGCCAUCCUUGCCAUGCUGGUGAUCUUCAUUUGGUCAAAUGCUGCACCGCUCGUGAACAUAGCCCCUCCAGGAAUCCCGGAAGUCAUCAUCUCCGAGCAUGCCUUCCGAAAAAUAGCAGAGACCAUCCAUUACAAACUGGCAUACACUGUGGCUGCUCUUUAUGACAUCGCGUGCGGAAAGGAUCUGAAGAAAUUCCUCUUGGUGAUCAUGUCCCUACUAAUAUUGUCAGAGAUUGGAAGUUCUUACAGCUUCACAAGUCUGCUAUAUCUUGGAUUUCUAUGUGCUCACACUUUGCCAGCAUUGUACCAAAGAUAUGAGACAGAGGUGGACCAUCUAGCUGCAAGGGGUAGUGAAGACAUCAAGAGGUUCUACAGGAGGAUUGAUUCCAAUUUGCUCAACAAAAUACCAAGAGGCCCUGUCAAGACAAAAGUUAACUAAAAUAUACGCCCUGAAGAUAGACACCAUAAUUUGCAAAAUGAUUCGUGAACAAAAUCCCACAAUGCGAAGAAGUAACCCUAAUUGAGCUUGGAGAAUUCAGACCUGGCUGCUACUAGCAUCCAAAUGUACCUAUCACUGGAUGGACACGAGCAUAUUUUCAUGACUUGAGCAAUCGAUAUGAAAUAAACUCCAAUGUUGUGAUCUCAAAAAAGCAUAUCAUUACAAUGAAUUGAAUGGUGUUUUCUCUUU